UAAAAUAGAAAUUUAGCUGAGGUGUAUCUGUUAUUAGUACUUAUCCGUAACGCAAAUUUAGCUAGAUAAAUAAUUAUAUAUUAAAUAAGUUCAAUUUUGUGGUGCUCUCUCAGAUUCAUAAUCUUGGUGUUUGGGGAAAGAGAGACAUGAGAUCAAUGGCAGCGGAAUCAUCAUGUUUGCUUGCACUGAAUCAUGUGUCAUUCAUAUGCAAGAGUGUGAGUGAGUCUGUGAAGUUCUAUGAGAAUGUGUUGGGAUUCAACCUCAUCAAGAGGCCUUCUUCUUUCAACUUUGAAGGUGCUUGGUUAUUCAACUACGGAAUUGGAAUACACCUGCUUGAGUCAGAUAAGAUUCCGGUGGAAAGAAGAGCCAUAAAUCCAAAAGAGAAUCAUAUAUCGUUUCAGUGCACAGACAUGAGCGUGAUAAUGCAGAAACUGGAUGAGAUGAACAUAAAGUAUGUGAGUACGGUUGUUGAAGACGGUGGGAUCCAAGUAGAUCAGCUUUUCUUCCAUGACCCUGACGGUUACAUGAUUGAAAUCUGUAACUGUCAGAACCUCCCUGUUCUUCCAAUUUCUUCAUUACCAUCAUGCCCUCUCAAGCAGCCUAGCACGCCUACUACUACCACCAAGUGCUUUGCUCAUCAUGGAUAUGCUGAAGAUUUCAAUUUAACAUUAAUCAACAUAUUAUUAUAGCUUAGGAAGAUUUUCAAGUGUACCGUGGUACCGAUUUAUCAGUGAUUUUUAACCGUUGAUCUUAAUUAUAUAUAUUAUAUAUAUUUUUGUAAUUAAGAUCAACGGUUAAAAAUAACUGAAACACCGAUAUGACGGUACACUUGAAAAUUUUUUUAUAGUUUAUGUAUGUAUUAUAUUCUAGUAAUUAUAUAUGUGUGGAGCCUAGGAGUCAAUGCAAAUAUAUAGCCAAUGCUAUCAUUUUGUACAAAAUUCAUGAUUUAUUGAUUUUAACCA